UCAUUGUUGUUUUUUUCGUCUGGAAUUGUGAAAAUAAACAUAUUUCGUUUUGGGCGGCAAAUUGUCUUUACCAAACGUAAAACUGGGAAAAAUUAUGAACUUGUGUUCAUCGGUGGGUGCAACAGCAUCAUCGACAUCGUUAGCAUCGGACGAUUUACAACAAGAGACAACAACUGCCUGUGCGGGCGGUGGCGGUGGUGGUGGUGCUGUAACACUAACAACUAAUUGUUUUGGCAAUCUAAGUGCACCCACAUUACUAGGAUCAUCAUCAGUGGCGGGGUCGUCAUCAUCAUCAUCCACACAUCAUAAUCAGCAGCAUCAUCAUCAGGGAAGCAGUAGUUCAAAUAACAACGAAAUGCCACCAGAGACCAGACCCAAAAUGGUGACUGUAAAGCACCCCGAAUCAAAUAAACCCAAGCCGACAAUGAAAAAACCCAAACCCAUACAGGCGGAUCAGGAUGUAUUAAAGGCACUGCAGAGGUGUCGAGAUGAAGGAAUUAAACGCUUGGAUUUAAGUAAAUCCUCAAUAACUGUCAUACCGCCCAGCGUCAAAGAUUGUGUCCACCUAACGGAAUUGUAUUUGUAUAGCAACAAAAUCGGUCAAUUGCCCCAAGAAAUUGGACAUUUGGUGAAUUUGAAAACGUUGGCUUUAAAUGAAAACUCACUGACUUCGCUGCCGGAUUCACUGCAGCAUUGCAAACAAUUAAAGGUGCUCGAUUUGAGACACAAUAAACUGGCCGAAAUACCAGCCGUUAUAUAUAAACUACGUUCUCUCACCACGCUGUAUUUGCGUUUCAAUCGCAUCACCACGGUGGCCAAUGAUCUGCGCAAUCUGACCAACCUAACCAUGUUGAGUUUGCGAGAGAAUAAAAUACGGGUGCUGGGCGAUUGUAUAGGAGCUUUGGUCAAUUUGACCACCCUAGAUGUUAGUCACAAUCAUUUGGAACAUUUGCCCGAGGACAUUGGAAACUGUGUUAAUUUGAGUGCUUUGGAUUUGCAGCACAAUGAACUGCUGGACAUACCCGAAAGUAUUGGAAAUUUAAAAAAUCUCGUGCGACUGGGUUUGCGAUAUAAUCGCCUGAGUUGCAUACCCAACUCGCUGAAGAACUGUAAAUGCAUGGAUGAAUUCAAUGUGGAGGGUAACAGUAUUACACAACUGCCUGAUGGUCUGCUGGCGUCACUGAGUGCUCUGACUACCAUCACCUUAUCGCGUAACGCUUUCAGUAGCUAUCCCACAGGUGGGCCGGCGCAAUUCACAAACGUGUAUAGUAUUAAUUUGGAACACAAUCGCAUUGACAAAAUACCCUAUGGUAUAUUCUCACGGGCCAAGGGUCUCACCAAAUUGAAUAUGAAAGAGAAUGUCCUGACCGCAUUGCCAUUAGAUGUGGGCACCUGGGUCAACAUGGUGGAGCUCAAUCUGGCCACAAAUGCUCUGCAAAAGCUGCCCGACGACAUUAUGAAUUUACAAAAUCUCGAAAUUCUAAUACUAUCCAAUAAUAUGCUCAAAAAGAUACCCAAUACGAUUGGACAAUUGCGUAAGCUGCGCAUACUCGACCUCGAGGAGAAUCGUAUCGAAGUGCUGCCCAAUGAAAUUGGCCUACUGCAUGAACUGCAAAAACUCAUUCUCCAAACCAAUCAAAUAUCUAUGCUGCCGCGUAGCAUUGGCCAUCUGACAAAUCUAACACACUUAUCUGUAAGUGAAAAUAAUUUACAAUUCUUACCCGAAGAAAUUGGUUCCUUGGAGAAUUUGGAAAAUCUCUAUAUCAAUCAGAAUCCUUGUUUGGAGAAACUGCCCUAUGAACUGGCGCUGUGUACAAAUUUAAAAUAUCUCAACAUUGACAAGUGUCCAUUGAGUACCAUACCGCCAGAGAUACAGGCGGGUGGUCCCUCCUUGGUAUUACAAUGGCUAAAAAUGCAUUCUCCAUAUCGGCAAAUGUGAGUGGAUGGAGUAUUGCGUACAUAUUACGUAGGCAAUCCAUAUUACUACCACCAUCA